AUGAUGGAUACCGUCAACCUACUUUUGUUGACCAAACUUAUGAUUCUAAAGACAUGAUGCAAAAGAGAUAACAAAGACGAAGACUUUUCAUCUGUCUUCUCUUCUAUUUUUCCCUCUUCUCUCUCUCUAUCUCUCUAGCUUGUUGAUGAUCUUGAAGCUACAAUCAUGAGAUUCUUCCACAGAUUUAUGUCGGAGGAGAUGAGCAAAGAAACCUCAUCGGACUCGUUAUGUAACUUGAGUUGCAUCGAAGAGUUAAAAGAUGUAGGAUCUUGUUCGUCAAUUUGUCUUCACGAGUGUCCUCUCAUCUGCGAGAUCGUCGUAGCCACUCCACCUCCAGAGAUCCACCACGACCUGGACGAUAACCUAAAGAAGUUCUUACUCAUCUCGGCUUUGUCUAUCAUCACAACUCUGUUUCUCCUUACUUUACUCCUACUCUGUUUCAAGUGGUACAACAGGAGAAGAUCAAUAGCUAUAUCAAGAAGAUGGAGCAUGGAGCAAGCUAGGAACUGGGAUUUUGAUGGACCAUCACCGGUUAUUGUCGAUCAUCCGAUUUGGCAUAUCAAAACCAUUGGUUUGAAUCCAACGGUUAUAAGUUCGAUCAAAGUGUGCAAGUAUAGCAAAAGAGACGGUAUCGUGGAAGGAACGGAUUGUUCGGUUUGUUUAAGCGAAUUCGAAGAAGAAGAGACGCUUAGAUUGUUACCAAAGUGUAGACAUGCUUUUCAUCUUUCUUGUAUUGAUACUUGGCUUAGAUCACACACCAAUUGCCCGCUUUGUCGUGCUCCUAUUGUCGUGACCAACACGGUAAAUGAUGAUGCUAGUGAGAGUCAAGGGGAGAUGCUUGUGAGGAUUCCAGAGGAAAACGGAGAAAUCGAUGAAGAAACAGAGAGAGAUCAGGAGGAAGAAGCAGAUGGGUUUGUUAGGAACGGCGAAGCAGAUGAGACGCAGCAGCGAGUGAGACGAUCAGUGUCGUUAGAUUCGUUAUCGGGUUUAAGGGUAAGUGAAGUUAUUGGUGGUAGAGGAAGAGAGAAGGUGGUCAAGAGAGGUAAUAUUGGAUCUUCCAUUGUUGGGAGGUCAAGUUUCUUAAAGAGAUCUAUCUCUUACAAUGGUAAGUAGUACUAGGCUUCGUUGCUAUGGAUAAAAGAAAGACUUCCCCAUUAGGUUUCUUGAAGAUGAUGGUCAAAAUGAGAAAAAGAAACAAUCAAAUCAAACCCGAAAGAUAUAUAGUUUAUAGACAUGUAUAAAAGUGAAUGAUUGUGAAUUUUGUUCAUCAAAAAGCUGCUACUCUUGUCAAGUUAAAAGAGUUCUUACAGCUUCUGCCCUCUGCUUCAGACAAUAAGUAUAAAAUACAUCAAAAGGUUCAUUUUGAAUGUUACUCUUUUUUUAUCGUUUUCAACUACUAUUGUAUAUCUUAGAUUAUAUACUUAAACACAAAUUCAACUGCGUUUUAUGUUGAUAGAUUUAUAGAAAUUCAAAUCUGUAAUCAAAACUAAAGGACCAUGAACUCUGUUUUUCUAUGUCGAAUUUCAAAACCCUGAUCUUCACUUAGCAAAACAGCCCCUACUUAACGCUGCCGUUAAGUCUCCGUUAGUUCAGUAAGUACUAUGAAAAAUAAGAAGAAGAAAAAAAGGAAACUCAUCUUCUUCAUCGAUAUUAUUGAUGAUUGCCUUCUUCACCGUGAAGGCGAUAACUUUUCCACCAAACUUUCUCCUGAAGGAAUCCUUCACUUCACCGGCUAGUCCUUCAGCCAGAUGAAUGCUCUUCAGAUGCCUUGUCCCUUGUUGUUCCAGAUUCGAAAUACCCAACUCCACCAACUUUUUCCUUUCUACAACCUCUUUCAUGGCUGCCUCUCCCACGCACUUCUCUAUCUCCCAUGAUCAUUCUUCUUCCACGUCUCUCAUUCAUCUCCAAAACCAAUCGAUCUUCAGUUCCAAGGACAGUUUAAAGAAAACCCAUUUGAGAUUUCCCACUUCUUCUAG